AUGCUCUUCCAAAACCUGCUACUCCUCCUACCCGCGGCUCUUCUCACCAGCGCCGCACCAGCUGAUUCGCACUCUCUUGCCGAUGCCGGCGCUCCUCCACCUCUCGACUCUAGCCCUCCUGGCGUCGUGAGUCUAACCGCCGAAGAAGCCAGCGCCGACUCUGCCGUGAGCGCAUCGCCAUGCAGCGAUUGGCAACAGCUAUACGGCAGAGGUAGAUGGACGUACGUCGAAGUGCAGUGGUGCUUCAGGCAGCGCGGCGACCAGACAGUCGUCACGCAGGAGCAGCAAAACCCGUGGUACUUUUGGGGCGGCGCUUGGUAUACGGGCAAGAGCCAUACGCUCACAUGGCAAACGACCGGCACGGUCGGGAGUUCUUGGUACUUUGACUCUGGCAACAAUUUCAAUGACGGUCCUGUCAGGAGGGACAUUCACACAUUCAAGUCCAAGAUCCCACCGGGACUCUACCCAGUCAGCGUGCAUUACCACCAACUGGGUCCUUGGUGGGGAGCAGAUGCGGCCAUUGAUGCCGAUCUCACGUUUGCUAUAUCACUUGGCUAUUAA